AUGGGGUGCGUUAGAAGUAAGGAAAGCAAAGAUCCAGCUAUGAAAUAUGGAACCCCAAGCAGUACAGAGAAUAUUAAUAUAAAUGUGGGUCGUUUGGGAUCAGAACUUAGCCUAGAGUGCCAGUCAUCUUCCGUAAGGGGAUCAACUGUUAAUUUCUCCAGUUAUUCCACGGAACCAUAUGGAGGUGCUUCCUAUUCAUCUGUGUUAAGUCCAGAUUCGGCUGGCCAAGCAGAUGAUGUUUCUCUGUUUGUGGCCUUAUAUGACUAUGAAGCUAGAACUGCAGAAGAUCUUGGUUUUAGGAAGAAUGAAAUCAUUGAAGUCAUCAGUAAAAUGGAAGGAGACUGGUGGGAAGCAAGAGCCGUAGCGACAGGAAAGACUGGCUUCAUCCCUAGCAAUUUCGUAGCUCCCGUCCACUCCAUUCAGGCCGAAGACUGGUUUUUCGGCAAACUGAGCAGAAAAGAUGCCGAGAGACUCCUUCUGUCUCCUGGGAGGCCACGAGGUAUGUUCUUAGUAAGAGAAAGUGAAACCACCAAAGGAGCCUUUUCCCUUUCUGUUCAGGACUGGGAUGAGGUCAAGGGGGACCACGUCAAACACUACAAAAUUCGGAAAGUGGACAAUGGGGGAUACUAUAUCAACACCAGAGCACAGUUUGACACUUUGAAGAAACUAGUCGAAUACUACAGAGACUGUGAAGAUGGCUUGUGCCAUGUGUUAAGCACUGUGUGUCCUCCGGUGAAACCUCAGACUCCAGGUCUGGCCAAAGACGCUUGGGAAAUUCCUAGAGAAUCUUUAAAGCUAGAAGUGAAGCUAGGACAAGGCUAUUUCGGUGAAGUAUGGAUGGGAACAUGGAAUGGGAAGAUAAAAGUGGCCAUCAAAACACUAAAGCCUGGUACCAUGAUGCCGCAAGCUUUCCUUCAGGAAGCCGAGAUCAUGAAGAAACUAAGACAUGAUAAACUGGUCCCAUUAUAUGCUGUUGUUUCCGAGGAACCCAUUUAUAUUGUCACGGAAUGGAUGACAAAAGGAAGCUUAUUGGAUUUCCUCAAGAAAGGAGAAGGAAAGCACUUGAAGUUCCCACAACUGAUCGAUAUAGCAGCCCAGGUUGCCGAUGGUAUGGCAUAUAUCGAAAGAAUGAACUACAUCCACCGAGAUCUUCGAGCGGCUAACAUCCUCGUAGGAGAUAACCUUAUUUGUAAAAUAGCAGAUUUUGGAUUAGCCAGGCUAAUUGAGGAUGAUGAAUACACUGCAAGGCAAGGAGCCAAAUUUCCAAUCAAGUGGACAGCUCCUGAGGCGGCAUUAUAUGGUCGUUUCACAAUUAAAUCUGAUGGUUGGUCAUUCGGAGUUCUGCUAACAGAACUUGUAACAAAGGGUAGAGUGCCAUAUCCAGGGAUGGUAAAUCGGGAAGUCUUGGAAAAGGUAGCAAAGGGAUACAGAAUGCCAUGUCCUCAGGGCUGCCCAGAAUCUCUCCAUCAGCUGAUGAACCUUUGUUGGAAGAAGGAGCCUGAGGAAAGGCCAACAUUUGAAUAUAUUCAGUCCUUCUUAGAAAACUACUUUAUUACUACAGAACCACAAUACCAGCCAUCUGACAAUAUAUAA